AGUCUGUUAAAUCAAUUUGGAAACCAGGGGUGGGGGAAGGAAGCGGCUGGGAUUUGCACCAAGGCCCAGUGAGCCCUCCCCCCAGUUCUGCCCCAUCUCACCUGGUCAGGUUUGCCCAGCAGUGGCCACAUCCUCAUGGCUUCCCUGACCCACAAAUACACCACUCUACUGCUCCCUUUCCUGAGUAUUCAGAGUGUUACAUGGAAGCAGAUCUGGUCCUUCUGCUUUGGGGGAUUUGGUCUCUAAUUUCAGAUCAUAUCGAUAUUUAUUUCUGCCAUUCCCCCUUCCCAAGGAUUCUUUACUUCCCAACGUAAGGAAUGACUCGGAAUUUUGCCCCUUUAUUCCAGCAGAGGAUGGGGCAGUGAAUAUAAAGGAGGAGAACUGUCUGCAGGGAGCAGUGUCGAGAAACUCCGAAGGGAAUGUUUGCCAGAUUCCUGAGCAGGUGGUGCCCUGUGAGAGUUGAGGCAGCUCAGGUCAGGAAAAGAUCCCAGUGGAAGAGGCACAGGGCAGAGCCACUUCCCCUGGCAGAGCUCUCAGGCAAACUAAAAAUAUUGAAGCCCAUCAGAGAAUCAGCCCUGGUCAGAAACCCUAUAACUGCCCUGAGUGUGGCCAAAGCUUCAGUGUGAGCUCAGACCUUAGUAGACAUCAGAGGAUCCAUAUGGGAGAGAGACCCUAUAAAUGCCUUGAGUUACUUGGUAAGAUGACAGAUCAGCGCAAACAGUUUCACAAGCUCUGAGUUUUAUUUGGGAUUUUGUUUUAAAUGGGUUUGUUUUUCUAGGUAGGCAAAAAGGUUUAAAGUGAUAAAAGAAAGGGAGUGAAAUUCAUAGAGUUCUUGGUCUUUCAGUUUCCAAACAGAAUCAGGAUGUGUUGUAGGUGUCGAGGUCUUAAUAAAGGAUGGAGUUCCAACCAUCGGAUGUGUCCUGACAAUCUGAUUGCCCAUGGAGUCAUUUGUCUUUCUGCUCUCACUGCACUCCCUGCCUGAGUAGACUGUCAGACUCCUGGCUGUUACGUGACACGAAUUGCAUAUCGUUAGAUAUUAAGCUGAGCUGGGAAUGAUCAGGGUCUGGAUGGAUGCCAGAGAAGGCUGUGAAAGCCACAAGGGGCGGUGACUUGGGGCAGUGAUCCAUUCUUAGAUCAGCAGGUAACAACCUGCUCCUGGCACUCCAGCUGUUGACCCGUGUUUCCCAAGGUAGGAAAGCGAAAGCUAACUCAGCUCUACUCCCCGGAGGCACCAGGGCUGCCAUGAACCCAGCCCUGCAGCGCCAGCGUGGGGUUGUUUGUUCGAGCUGCCAGGGCCCCUAUAAGAUCCCGGUGACAUUUAAAGGGUGCAAGCACAAGUUCUGCCGCUUCUGUGUCACCCCCUUCAAGGGGGAGUCGGGCACAGCCACCUCCUGCCCCCUGUGCCACAAGGCCCCCAGGCACGGAGACGACAAGCCCCAGGGGCAACCAGGCAGCAGGGCAGAUGAAGCUGAAAAAAUCCAUCUGGAAGUGGGCGAAGAGCCUGAGGUGGAGUGGGAGUGCGGGGAACACCAGGCGGUUCUGGACUUGUUCUGCGCAGAGGAUCAAGCCCUCAUCUGCAUGAGCUGCAGGGACUGCCAGGCUCACCGCACUCACACCGUGGUUCCCAUUGAGGAGGCUGCCCAGGAGUACAAGGAGAAGACGCACUAUCAGAGAAUGUGCAUCGAGAUGGAAUUUGAGAAGCUGCACGAAUUCCUGAACGAGGAAGAGGAGCGGCUGUUGCGGAAACUGAGGAAGGAGGAGAAGGAGACCCUGAAGCAGCUACAUGGGAAUAUAAUAAAGCUCUCAGAACAGCGCUCGUCUCUGCAGAAGCUCAUCACGGAGAUAGAGGAGAAGUGUCAGCAACCGGCUGCCGUGUUGCUGAAGGAUGUGAAAGACACAUUGACCAGGAGUGAAAAUAUUCAAGUGCAGGAACCUGAAGCUGUGUUUACUGAACUGAAGAAUGUAUACAACAUUCCUAGCAUUGAUAUUAUUGACAUUCUAAGGAAAUUCAAAGUGGAUGUGACUCUCGACCCAGACACAGCUCACCCCAACCUCGUCCUGUCUGAGGACAGGAGAAGCGUGACACACAGAGGCAUGCGACAGGAGCUGCCCAGCAAUCCCGAGCGAUUUGAUCCUUAUAUCAUGGUGUUGGGCUCCAGGAGGUUCACGUCAGGGAGGUGUUACUGGGAGGUGGAGGUGGGAGACAAGGUGGAGUGGGACAUAGGGGUGUGCAGAGAAUCUGUGGGCAGGAAGGGGCAGGUGAUAUUAUCUCCUAGCAAUGGAUUCUGGAGAGUUUGGUUGAGGAAUGGAGAUAAGUACAAGGCUCUGAUCUCCCACCCAACCCCCCUCACUGUCAGUGUGCGGCCCAGCCGGGUGGGGAUUUUCCUAGACUACAAGGCAGGCGAGAUCUCGUUUUACAACGUGACAGACAGGACCCAUCUGUAUUCAUACAGCGGAGCCUUCUAUGGGGUUCUACGGCCUUUCUUCAGCCCUGGUCUCCAUCGGGGAGGUGAAAACACUGCUCCGCUGACAAUCUACUCGAAGUAUCUGGGCUAGCUUCAAUAGGAAUCAAAGACACACACAUGGAAGGAGCAUCAAGUCAAAAAACUCCUCCCUCCACCAAUACCUCCCCCCACUCACACUCUCUCCUCCUGAUGGGACUCUGAUCAGGCUCCAUGGGGAAGGGGCCAUUGUGGUGGUGAGGAAUGCAGGAGUAGAUUUGGUCCCAUGUGGCAGGAGAUGGUGAAGUGGGAUACGGAUUAUGUUGAUUGCCCAAGGGAUUUCUGGGGGAGGAAAGUAGCCGUGAAAAAAUAUGUAGCAAAAUGACAACUCAUUUGGCUAACUUUUAGAAAAAGUGACUAUAAAAAUAAAAAAAAAAAAAAAAACCCAACCGAAGAAAAGUUGGUGACAAUUUUACCCUCUUUUUUUAAAUCACAAGUUUUAUUAAGUGUUUUUCACCAAAAUGUUGACAUUUGAAGCAGUUUUGACCAGCCCCAUAUGUGACUGAAAAACACAGGCUCUGGGGAAUUCAGAAAAAUGUUGUCAAAUUCCCCCCUUUUUUUCCUUAAAUCAAGCAUUUGAAUUUUUCAUUGCAGUUUCAAAAGCGGCUCUCCUGAUCAAUGAUUUCUGGGGUGCCUCAUUUUUUUUAAUGCCGAACCAGAGAUGCCUUAAAGCAGCCACACUGUUUUCAGAGGGAGGCUAGCUGAGCAGCCCCUUUCCUGUAUUUUGGGCACUCAAAAUCAAUUGGGGCACUCAAAAUCAAAGGUACUGAAAUUUUAGGCACUGAUCCUGUGAACACUUAAGCACAUGCUUAACUUUGUGCAAGUAGGUAAUGACAUUAGUGAGUCCUGCGGGUAACUUCAGUGGGACUGCUUACAUGUGCAGAGUUAAAAAUCAUGCAGUUGUAGAGACAGGAACUUAGGGCACUAAAAUGGAAUGAUAAGAUAAUGACAGUGAAUGAUGCUAGGAACACAGGGGAAAUGCCACACAAUGAACCCUGAAAUUAUUGUUUUUCUUGAUUGUGCUGCUGAAGAGAAAAAAAAAAAUCCAAAAGCUGCCUUUAAUGGCAUAACAUUAGAUCUUACAUAUGUGUAUGAAGCUACCUUUGCUAAGGAGCUGGCACAUUCCAGAAGAUUUUGCAAGGGAUCUGCAGAUGUGUCUAACUUCAAAGCCUAAAACUACAGCUGGUCAAAAAUAAGAGCUAUUCAAACAGUUUUCAGAAUAGAUUCCCAUUAAAUUUCAGUGGGAAUUGUGUGGCUAAAUCCCAACUGUGCUUUAAAAAAAUCUCAAAUAUUGUUUUCUAGAGGUACAAGCUUGUUCAGCACUGAGAUUGAAGUUUCAUCACUUAAAUUUACUUAAAUCUUCCACCAUUUAAAACUUGCAGUAGUCAGGUUUCUGGAGUAACAGCAUGCUCAUUACCAGUCUGAUCCUCUGAAUCAACAGAAAGACUGCUAUUGUCCAUCGGGUUUGGAACAGACCUCAAAACGAAUUCACCAGAGACUUGAGCAAUCAUUUUUGUGUGUGUUUACUGCAAAAAUAUUUAAAACGAUGGGCUGGCAAUAGGCAAAAUAAACCACAGUUAAAAUUGUAGUUAAAUUGUGGUUCAGUGUUAAAUUCUGUGAAAUCAAUGAAAAAUAAAAUGCAUAAAUUGUUAACACUUUG